GACAACGUAGCAUGAAGUCUUCCUCUGUCAUCCAAAGCUCUCAGCUUUAUUUAAACCCAACCGAACUGCUAAUUGCUCUCUGAUAUAAACAGAGGAAACCCAGAAAUAAAAUAAAAACCCCCUGCACCAGCUCUGUGGAGAUUGAUCAAUUUAAAACCCACUAAGGAUUCGCUUUUCUUCAUUCAAUUGGUUAGUUCUGGGCAUACAUGUUCCACGAUGAAGGGUCAUCAUCUGCAACUUAAUCUCCUCUCCAAUUCUUUACAAUGACGUCACCUAGUUUAGGAUCACCAUACCCUUGGCAAAGAGAACUCAAAUCGGAGGAGCGGGGUCUGUGUUUGAUCCACUUGUUGCUCACUUGUGCAAAUUAUGUUGCUGCGGGAAACCUCGAAAAUGCAAAUAUUGCCCUUGAGCAAAUCUCCCUGCUUGCCUCUUCGGAUGGUGAUACCAUGCAGCGGAUUGCAGCCUACUUCACUGAGGCUCUUGCUGACCGAAUCCUCAAAGCUUGGCCUGGUCUUUAUAAGGCCCUAUAUUCCACUAGAAUAUCUUCAGUUUCUGAAGAAUUUCUAGUUCGGAAAGUGUUCUUUGAGAUGCUUCCAUUCCUAAAGGUGGCUUAUGUGCUCACAAACCAAGCUAUUAUUGAAGCGAUGGAAGAAGAAAAGAUGGUCCAUAUAAUUGACCUUAAUUCAUCUGAACCUGCACAGUGGAUAGCUCUUCUUCAUGUUUUAAGUGCAAGGCCUGAGGGUCCACCUCAUUUGAGAAUUACCGGUGUCCAUCAACGAAAAGAAGUACUAGAUCAAAUGGCUCAUAGCUUGACUGAGGAAGCAGAAAGAUUGGAUACUCCAUUUCAGUUCAAUCCCGUAGUCAGCAAGUUGGAAACACUUGAUUUUGAAAAGCUCCAUGUUAAAACCGGUGAGGCUUUAGCUAUCAGCUCAGUUCUCCAAUUUCACUCCCUCUUGUCAUCUGAUGAUGAUUUCCACAGAAAGAAAUUCUCAUUGGAAUCAAAGAAUCCAAAUAGAGUUCACUCACCUGGAGUGUUGCAAAUGGGCCAAGGCACAUUGGGUGAGUUGCUAGAGAAAGAUAUGGGCAAGGGAUAUAGCCCCAGUCCUGACUCAACCUCGUCAUCCCCACUAUCCCCAGUUGGUUCUGUGAAGAUGGACAGCUUUCUUAAUGCAUUUUGGGGUUUGACACCGAAGAUCAUGGUAGUUACCGAACAAGAUUCCAACCAUAAUGGCUCCACUCUAAUGGAGAGGCUAUUCGAAGCUUUAUACUCGUAUGCCGCAUUAUUUGAUUGCUUGGAGUCUACGAUGUCAAGAACUUCAUUGGAAAGAAUGAAGGUAGAGAAAAUGCUAUUUGGGGAGGAAAUUAAAAACAUUAUAGCUUGUGAAGGAUCUGAGAGGAAAGAAAGACAUGAAAAACUUGAGAAGUGGAUUCAAAGGCUCGAUUUAGCUGGCUUUGGAAAUGUACCUUUGAGCUAUUAUGGAAUGCUUCAGGCAAGGAAGUUGUUGCAGGGUUAUGGUUGUGAUGGAUAUAGGAUCAGGGAAGAGAAUGGCUGUGUGUUGAUGUCGUGGCAAGAUCGACCCCUAUUUUCUGUCUCAGCUUGGAGAUGCAGGAAGUAGAUAUGGAGUAUUUAUACUGAUAUCUGUCUUGCUAUUUGAUUACUUUAGAUAGAAUGAUAGAUCAACCUCUUGUUUGGCUAUUUGCAUUUCAUUUGUUUAUUUUAUUUUUCACUUUUAUAUCUAAUUGGUACUAAUGCUGAGCAUUGGUCUAUUAUGUUUCUUGUUUCGAUGUGUUCUCUCUGUAUCUCAUGCACUAAUGAUAUUUGAGCUUUGUAUAUAUUAGAUCA